AUGGCCAAAGAACCAGCUCGUGUUCUCGUCACCGGUGCCGCAGGACAAAUUGGAUAUGCUCUCGUACCAAUGAUUGCUAGGGGAGUUAUGUUGGGCCCCGACCAGCCAGUGAUCCUCCACAUGCUCGAUAUCCCACCUGCUGCCGAGGCUCUUAAUGGAGUUAAAAUGGAAUUGGUGGAUGCAGCUUUUCCUCUUCUUAAAGGUGUUAUUGCUACAACUGAUCCUGUCGAAGCAUGCACUGGCGUCAAUGUUGCUGUAAUGGUUGGUGGCUUCCCGAGGAAAGAGGGUAUGGAGAGGAAAGAUGUGAUGUCCAAGAAUGUCUCCAUCUACAAAUCCCAAGCUUCUGCUCUUGAGAAGCAUGCUGCUGCUAACUGUAAGGUUUUGGUUGUUGCCAAUCCUGCCAACACCAAUGCUUUGAUUUUGAAAGAAUUUGCGCCAUCCAUUCCUGAGAAGAACAUCACUUGCUUGACGAGGUUGGACCACAACAGGGCCCUUGGACAGAUUUCAGAGAGAUUGAAUGUUCAAGUAUCGGAUGUGAAAAACGUUAUUAUAUGGGGAAAUCACUCAUCGACACAGUAUCCUGAUGUCAACCAUGCUACCGUCAAGACUCCAGCUGGAGAGAAGCCUGUUCGUGAGCUUGGUACCUGGGUUUCCAUGGGUGUGUACUCUGAUGGCUCAUACAAUGUUCCAGCUGGACUGAUUUACUCCUUCCCCGUUAUUUGCAAGAAUGGUGAAUGGUCUAUUGUUCAAGGACUCUCCAUUGACGAGUUUUCCCGGAAGAAGUUGGAUUUGACUGCCCAAGAGCUCAGCGAGGAGAAGGCUCUUGCAUAUUCUUGCCUCCGUAGUCGCAUCGCCGCGAACAAAGCAGAUCUUGGCCGUUUUCCCGAAGGCCUUCAAUCAGAAUAUAUCGUCGGCUCUCUCCAGGAUUUAGUCCCCCCUUCGCACAGCCGCGCCGCGCCGCGACACGCCUCCGCCUGCUCAGUUCGACCCUUGGAGAUUGAACCGCCUAACCUUCGACCUUCUCUGCCUUCAACGAAGCGAGAAGGAAGGCACCCGCCCAAGCGGCAGUGCUUCCACAGGUCAGCUACAAUUGGUGGUUUCAGAUCUAGCAAGAUCCAACUUUCGGGUAGAUUUUUAGGAUAG